UUGAUUUUUUGUUAAUCUUUGGUGUUUACAUGGUUCCACGAGAUCUUCAGUUACAACUGUGAACUGUUUAUGUUUAAAUAUAGGCGUAAGCAGUAUGUGGCUGCCAUUUUUGACGUAAUAUUAUAAUAGAGAAAAAAAUGUGGGUGCGUAUGCUUAUGUUCCCGAGAGCAGGUUUGGAGAACUUCUUGUGGGUGCAUGUGUGCUGGUCCUAAUUGCUGUUGCUGAUAAACAUGAACUGUAUUUAGUGUAACGUCAGUAAAUAGAAGUGGUCACUAUUACGUUGAGCUGCUGCUCUCAGGAAACAAAAAACAGAAGGUGUGUAGAUGGCAAAAUGGAGGAGAAGCAAGUGUGUUACUCUGCUUCAGAGAGCGUGGUGGAGAACUUCCUCUUCGUGAGCCGCACAGGUGUGAAAGAAGAACCCAAGGAAGCUACAGAUGAAGAGUUGGCGCCACAUUGGGCGACUUGCAGCCAAUGAUGAGGGUGAAACGAUGAUGAGGACAACACAACACCCAGUCCAUGAGUAGAGAAAGUCUCCAAACCGGCCAGGAAUGGAGCCCUGGCCCAUUGCAUGGGAGGUUGGCACUUUGAAGCAGCUUUUUGUACCAGUGUGAGGUGCAUAGUAAAGAGAAAAUGGAUGAAGUUGGCACUUUUGAAGAGAUUUCCAUCCCCGAUUGGAAUGUGCAUAUUAAGCAGGAGGUGGAUGAGACUGAUGCAUCCACUUUGGCUCGUGUUCUUGAGCGAGAUCCACUUCGGGGAGAAGAGCAAGAGCACUUGGCAUCUGAGAAUGAUUAUCUUGAUGAGUGUGACCCUUUGAAGAUUGAAGAUGAGAUGGAGGUAGCUCCAGAAGGGUGUGCACCAGGCAGUACACGGUUGAAAUCUGCUGUCGGCAAGGUUGGAAGAACUAUGUUACAAGAAAAUUGUCUGCAUGGAGUUACUAUUCGUAAGUUGGAGAUUGCUGCUAAGAAAUCGGCAUCCAUUACUUUGUCUGGUACCGUGAAGAAACUAUCAUUAAUACAUACUGACAAUAGACCGCAUAAAUGUUAUGUUUGUGGAAAGAGUUUUAAAGUAUCUGGGGAUCUCAACAGGCACUGUUUAAUACAUACUGGUGAUCGGCAACACAAAUGUACUGUUUGUGGCAAAUCCUUUACUCAAUUCAGUAACCUGAGGAGGCAUAACUCAGUACAUACCGGCGAGAGUCCACACAAAUGUGGCAUGUGUGGAAAAUCGUUUACUAGGUCUGCAGGACUUAAGAAGCAUUAUCUACUACAUUCAGGUGAGAAGCCACACAAGUGUGACCUGUGUGGCAAAACGUUUAGUAUGUCUGACGGACUCAGGACACAUAAAUUAAUACAUACUGCUGAAAAAGUGUACAAAUGUGAAGUUGGUGCGAAACGUUUCUUAAGGGCUGGUGAACUGAAACAGCAUAUACUAGUACAUACUGGAGAGAGGCCAUACAAAUGUACUGUUUGUGGAAAAUCAUUUGCCGAGUCUGGAAAUCUCGGAAGGCACGUAUUAACACAUACUGGCGAGAAACGACACAAAUGUCUCGUCUGUGGAAAAUCCUUUACUGUGUCUAGUCAACUUAAAAGGCAUUCGCUAAUACAUGCUGAAUAAAGUCUGUACUGAUAUUGUGUUUGUUGAUGAGAUUUAGUUAGCAUUGGUAGUCUUCAGUGCUAUGUAGUUGUUGGGGCACAGGAAAAUGUCGGGAAUUUGAUUUUUGUAAAAAUAUUGUUUCCUGUCUGACUGAAGUUCAAUGCAGUUUUUUACAAGGGAUACACGCUCUACAAAAGCAUGACACUGAGUUAAACCAUUUCACUAAUCACCAAGCUGCACAUUCUGCAGAGAGGCCACACAUGUAGUAGUGUUUGUUGCACCUCUUAUCAAUUUCUCAUGGCCCACAUUGUUAUUGAAACCAACUGUGUAUAUAUAUUCUGUAUUGAGCCCAAAGUUUUAUAUGAUAAAGCAGUUCUAAUUAAUACAAGGGGCUCAGAGAUCUCAUUGUAUGAAAUAUGUUUACUUGAGGCAACUUAAUUGUAUGUUUUUAACAGUGUACACUGAAAUACACCUGUAUCAUAAUAAAGUGGAAAUUUGUAAAUCUGUGUCUGUUCAGAAAUCAUAAUGUGUGAUGUCUUCAAAUUUUACUGUUGGUAGAAUUACAGA